AUGGACCCGGAGGUCUUUUCGGAAAGGGGCUACGUCAUCUUGGAGGAGCUGGUGCCGCCAGACCUUUGUGAUGCCUUAAACGUGCGGCUGGAGGCGAUUCUGAAGGGCGACUAUGACCUGGGCGCGGCACCCUCCAAGGCGCCCUCGGCCAAGGAGCUGAGGAGGUUCCAAAGCGGCCAGGCCACGGUGAGGGUGGUGGACGCCUGGAAGUGCGACCGCCUCUUCCGGUCUUUGGUCCUUUCUCCGCGCCUGGGCGCGCUGGCAGCGCGCCUGGGGCGCUGGCGCGGCGCCCGGGUGGCCGAAGACCAGGUAUGGAUCAAGCCUCCUGGAGCCGGGCCGUUGGUCUUCCACCGGGACUCUCCCUAUUUCGAUUUCGAGCCGGAGGACGUGAUCACGAUUUGGAUUGCUCUAGACUCCAUGAGCCUGGAGAUCGGGCCGCUGGAGUACGUGGUGGCUUCCCACCGGUGGGGCGACGGGCGCCGCGGCACCGCUGCGCAGUUCUUCGACCCCCAGCACAAGCAGCUCAUGGAGGACGCAGCGAGAAAGGAAGGGCUUGACCCCCACGAGGUGAGCGUGGUGCCCGUGCUGGUGCAGCAGGGGGGCGCCGGACUCCACGACGGGCGGCUGUGGCAUGGCUCCGGUGCCAACCGGUCCCGGCGAUGCCGGCGAGGCGAUGGGAGAACGCUGAGUCCAGGGCUCUCUAAACAGCAACUUGUUGAUUGA